AUGUACUACCACUGGCUCGCGGAGACGCUGCCGAGGAUCGCGCUGCUCAACGCAGCCAUGGACGCCGACACGAUGCUGCUGACCUGGGGCAUGGAGCACGAGCUGGAGUGGCUCGACAAGCUCGGCAUCGACCGCAAGAGGUGCGCAGCGGCAAUGCAUGACAUGCACCUCGUCGAAGCAUCCGCGGCCCUCGCACCGCUCAACACACUCGCUCUCCUUCCCCGUCCCCCCUCGCGCAGGAUCGUGCGCUACGAUCCCGACCAGGUCUACUGCGCGACCGAGCUGUUAUACCCGAACCCCUCCCCGCGCAUCACGCCGGCCAGGGAGGGCCUGUUGCGGCUCCGUGAGGCGGUGGGCGCGGCCGAGCCGCUGCCAGCCGAGGAGCGCCAGAGCAUCGUGCGCCCCCGGCCCCUCCUGGAGGCGCCCCGCGGCGCAUCGUGA